AUGCGUAUUUUUUAAAAAUUUAAUUUCAUUGAAUAUUUACUCUAAUUAUUAAUUAUUGUAAAUUUGUCUGAUGUCUGCUACAUUUACACUCAUAAUUUUUAAGGACACUUGAAGUAGCAGACAUUAAAAAGAUUUAUUUCUUUUAAAAAAUGAGAAAAAUAUUUAUAGAAAAAACUUUUGAAAAUUGCAUAUCCAAAACUUUUUGUGUAUAUUAUAAAAAUUGUUUGUUUACUUACAAGUAUGUCCCUGAAGUUGGACCCGUCAAUCUAUUAAAAAAUUGUUUUAAAUUUUCGCGCCUAAUGUAUCGACUAUCGUAAUUUCAUUGCGUCGACAGUUGAUAUUUCGAUUCAACUAUUUAUUAUUAUUAUUUAUAAAAUACAAAAUAUAUGACACGUUCAAUAUAAAUAAAAAAAUAUAAACGUUAGUUUUUGGUUAUAGUUUUUAUUUAUUUAUUUUUUUGUAUAUAAAUUUAUACUAACGUGUUAUAACAAAAAUAUAUAUAUAAAUAUAACUAGCAUAGUAUUUCAAUAAUUCAAUUUAAAAAUUUUAAACAAGUUUAUAUAGUAAAUUAAUAGUUAUUGUUAAUAAUAAAUUGUACAUUUCAAAUAAUGUUCGAUGGCAGCUAUUGAUAAAGUAAAAAUAAUUGUUGUUGGUGAUUCUGGUGUAGGAAAAACAUCAUUGUCGCAUUUAAUAUGUGAACAGAAACCAAUACGUAAUCCAUCAUGGACUGUUGGUUGUACCGUAGAAGUUAAAUUACAUGAAUAUAAAGAAGGUACACCCAAUCAAAAGACUUAUUUUAUUGAACUAUGGGACAUUGGUGGCAGUCAAAGUCAUCAGAAUACAAGACAUGUUUUUUAUAAUCCAACUCAUGGAAUUAUUUUAGUCCACGAUCUAUCUAACAGAAAAUCACAGCAAAAUUUACAGAAAUGGCUUCAAGAAGUAUUGAGUAAAGAGGGAAGUGGAAGUGGAGUAGGACGACAUAAAAGCUUUGAUGAUUUUGAUCCUGAAAAAUUUGUAGGCUCUACCCAAGUUCCAAUAUUAGUCGUUGGUACAAAAUCGGAUUUGAUUGAAUCAAAAUCAAGUUUGCAUAGAAGAUCAUCGACGAUUGCUGAAGAAUGUGGUGCUGAUGAAAUAUUUGUUGAUUGUCUUCAAGUGAGAUCGUUAGCUGCCGGCACUACAUCAUCUGUUAAGCUGAGUAGAUUUUUUGACAAAGUUAUUGAAAGACGUUAUUAUCUCAAUCGCGAUAUUAACAGUCCAGAGAAACGUAGACUACAAGCAUAUACGUCUUCAUAUCCACAAAAAACUUAUCACAAUGACUGAUAAUUUAUAAUAUUUAUUAUUACAAGAUUUAAUACAUGGAUUUGCAUCACUUGUGAUACGUCAACAGCUUUAAUAAUGUCAAUGGCCUCUGAGUUAUAAAAAUUAGUAAAUACGUUACAUCAUUACACUAAAAAAAAAUUUAUAAAAUACAAUUUAUCUGCAUUUAUUGUUUAUUAAACUGACUAAUAUAAUUUUUUAAACAUU